GGUGGUUUCGUUCCCGGAAGCGGCGGUGGUUGAAGUUGGAAGUCCCGGCUUUGGCCCGAGCGAGCGCGGCGGGGGGGGCGAGCUCCGGCUGCGGAGGAGAAUGAGGCGCGGGGGCCCCGCCGAGCCCGAUUUCAGCCUGGGAGCGGUCCCGGCAGCGCGGCGCGUCUGAGAUACAUAUGGACUAAAAGAUCAAUCACUACUGCAAUGGAAAAGUCAUGGAUGCUUUGGACCUUUGUUGAAAGGUGGCUACUGGCUUUGGCAUCAUGGUCUUGGGGUCUCUGCCGUAUUUCUCUUCUACCUUUGAUAGUAACUUUUCAUUUGUAUGGCGGCAUUACUUUACUUAUGUUAAUAUUUGUAUCGAUAGCAGGUAUACUAUAUAAAUUCCAGGAUGUACUGCUUUACUUCCCAGAACAGCCCUCUUCUUCACGCCUUUAUGUUCCUAUGCCUACCGGUAUACCACAUGAAAACAUCUUCAUCAAAACCAAAGAUGGAGUUCUUCUCAAUCUUAUUCUGUUGAGAUACACUGGGGACAAUGCAGCGUAUUCUCCUACUAUCAUUUAUUUUCAUGGGAAUGCAGGCAACAUUGGUCACAGGUUACCGAAUGCUUUGCUGAUGCUGGUAAACUUGAAAGUAAAUUUGCUGCUGGUUGAUUAUAGAGGUUAUGGAAAAAGUGAAGGAGAAGCAAGUGAAGAAGGUUUAUACUUAGAUUCUGAGGCUGUGCUAGACUACGUGAUGACUAGGUCUGACCUUGAUAAAACAAAAAUCUUUCUUUUUGGCCGUUCCUUGGGGGGAGCAGUGGCGGUUCAUUUAGCUUCUGAAAAUUCCCAUAGGAUUUCUGCCAUAAUGGUGGAGAACACAUUUCUUAGCAUUCCACAUAUGGCCAGCACUUUGUUUUCUUUCUUCCCAAUGAGAUAUCUUCCUUUGUGGUGCUACAAAAAUCAAUACCUGUCCUACAGAAAAAUCUCUCAGUGCAGAAUGCCUUCCCUCUUCAUCUCUGGGCUAUCUGACCAGUUAAUUCCUCCAGUUAUGAUGAAGCAGCUUUAUGAAUUAUCCCCGUCUCGGACAAAGAGAUUGGCAAUAUUUCCAGAUGGAACUCACAAUGACACUUGGCAGUGUCAAGGUUAUUUCACUGCACUUGAACAGUUCAUCAAAGAAGUAAUAAAGAGUCACUCCCCUGAAGAAAUGGCAAAAACAUCAUCCAAUGUAACAAUAAUAUAAUCGAUAUUCCCUUUUUUCUGAUAAAACUGCACUGUACCUUGAUUUGUGAAAAACUGUAAAAGAAUGUCAAUUUUUAAAUGUAUAUUAUCUCUGUACUUGCCUAAAGAGUGAAAUUAAACUUGGAAAGGUCUAAUACUUUAUUAUGAUCAUCCAUAUAGUUUUUACAUUUGCAACAUUGUAAAUGAGUGAACAGUUUUACAGGUCUUUCCCAUACACCUUUUGGAUUUGUUUAUUCUUCCACUUGUUCGAUAUAUACAAUGAAGGCUGUUAAACUUCUUGUGACUACAUUAUUACAAUUUACAUUAGUUUAAGAUGACAGAAGGCACUUCAGUAUUCUCUGCUGUAUGUAUCAGCUAUUUGGCCAAUCAUGAUUAGCAAAAUAUGUUCCAUAACAAUAUUUCUCUUCUAGGAUUUAGUUUAAGUAUACCAUGCAUGAUAGUGUUUUAUUCUUUGAAUUUCUGUGUUAUGCAAGAUAUGCUAAGUAAUGUAAAUAUCAUUAAUGGCAGCGUAUACCUAAGGGUGUGCGAUCCUGAUUAUUUUUAUGGUUAUAUAUGUUAUAUUACAAAUUGAAGGUUAAGAGGAAAAGCCAAUUUUCUAUAUUAUUUUCAUUAUUUUUACUGUAGUAGUGCUCACAAAUUUGAGUGUCCAUGCCUAAAGGCCAAGAGAUGUUUUUUCCUUGUACAGCCUGCUAUCUGAGAAGAGAAUUAACCGAUGAAGAGAGGGGAAAAAAUGUACCAUCCAAAUAUAACUCUUUCAGAACAAUUAUUGUUUGUCCACAGCUCUUCAACUUAGCCAUUAUUAGUUGCUUUUUGUUGGCAUCACAACACAAUCAUCAGUUUAGGCAGGGUGUCCCAUGUCUAGGUCAGGAUAGCAGAAAGAGCAACACUAUUUGUUUAAGAGAUGGCAGGUGGGGUGCUACAUAUAAACUUACAUUUGAUUUUAAAUUUGAUGAACUUAAACAUGUCUGUACUCCCUCUACAUACACUUCUAAAACAAGUAGUCUGUUAAAACAGAGUUUGAUUUGUACGGUUUCUAUGAUAGGGAUAAGAAAGCCACAUAAACAUUUAGACUCAGCAGAUUUAUGAUUUGUUAAAGCCUAGUGAAUAUAGAUCAUUUUAUUUUAACUUUUAGCCUUUUGUUUGCGGAUUUUUUAUUUAAAUUUUAUUGUAUAUUGUGCAGAUUGUAAGUACCAUCAACAAAAAUGUGAAUUUCUUCCAGUCACAUUAAGAGUUAAUGGUGACCACUUUAGUGUCAACAGUGUUGAAUAAUAAGAUAAGAGCCUGAUUGUGACUGUCCUUCUAGAAUGAGGAUCCUUGCUUGAACAACUAUACCAAAGCUGUCUGGCAUCUGCUCAGUUAACAUGUACAAAUAUAUAAAAUACCUUGUCUAGGUUUAAUUACUCAUUUGCUGCAGAUGAUAUGCAGUUUGCCUAUUCAACAAAUAGCUUUUUUUUUAACCAGAGUAAGUAUAUCUGUGAAAAAAGGUUUUCCAUUCAAAAAUCUGUACCAUUGCUGUUUCAGACUGAAUUCUCUUAAGCCCUAAUUCAGGAAAGCACUUCAGCACAUGCUUAAAUCCAUUCCUGUUUAGGAGUAGCACUUAAGCAUGUGCCCAAGGUCCGUUAGCUUCAGUGAACAAAGCUGCAUUCCUGAACUGGUGCCUUAAUGACUACUUUAUUAUAUAGAAGUACAGGUAUUGCACAUGGAUAUGUCUUUAUCAACAAAUUAAAUAUGGACAUGAGGGGUGAAAUUUCUCAACUAGAGAAAAUAGUUUUCAACGAUGGUUACUCAUUUUUCUUAAUAAAGACAUAUCCUAUAUUGCUGCCAUCUCAGUGACAAGUAUAUUUUUAAUACUGCAGCCAGAAGUCCUUUAAAAUGACUGGAGUCAACAUUGGAACUGCCUCGUGUUAUAAACUCUCCUUGUCUCCUCUAAUUAUUUCAGUGUUGUGCAGUAUAUUUCUUUUCCUGUGUGAUGUAGAAGUGGCAACCUUCUUAACAGCUAAAAGAAUUUAAUGGAUCAUAAUGUUCGUUUACUUGGUAUAUUCCUAUCAGACCGUGUAUAUUUUUCACAAAUUUUGUUCUUGUGUUGUACUAUUUCAGCUACAUCACAGAUUUGGAACUGACUAAAUUCCUACAGAAAAUACUCGGAUAUAAUUUAUUUAUUCUAAGUGGGACAAAUAUUGCUGUUCUGAAAGAAAAAGCUUUUAAUAGUAGCAGCCACUCAUGCAGAUUAUUUGUUGACUGUUGUAAAUUCAGCUCUGUAAAUAGCUGCUUCAAAAGUUGUCAUAUCUGGCCAUUAUUAAAUUAUGCCCAAUAUAAAAUAUGGAUUUCCAAAGCAAAAGCUGAACAUAAAUUAAAUGUGUAUUUUUAGUGUAAACUCUGACUCCAUAAAGGGCUCUUUAUACACUUGUAUCAUCUGAGUAGGGAAUGUUGAAUUGGGCCCAUAGUUGCAAAAGCAACGUGUGGGGAGGGAAGGGGCAGGAAAUCAUGACAAACUAGAACUGUUUAGCAAUGCACUCUUGAUCACCAAACCAUAUCACCAUAGUGACUGUGGGUUUUCAAGUCAUAUAUCUGAAAACCUGCACAUUGUGAUAAAUAUUUAUCCCAGGUAUGAGGUGUCUAUAUUCAUAGGAUUUAUUAAACUGAAUACUGACCCUCCACUUUUUACUCCUUCAACCACAUACACAUGUUCAGACUCCUUUCCUGUGCCAUAUAGGGAUAGGGUCAUGUUAAGCAGUGUGAAUGAGAAACUGAAUCUCUAAAAGACGUUUACCUUUUCGCUUUGAAAUCCAUCUGGGGCAGGUGGGAGGGAAUUCUUAAACCAAUUUUGUUAAGUUCUGUUUUCUGUAAAUACUAUACUGCUGUCAAUGUGAUUAUUUAUUGGUAACAAAAGUGGAAAAUUAUCCCCCCCCCCCCCCCC